CCACCCUGCACAAACAUUUAUCGCGUCGAGCGUAGCUCAGACGGGAACAGCUGAAAAAGGACAACAAAGCCACAACGACGACGGUAAAAACAGCAUAUGUGCGUCUAAAAUAUACCUAAAACAUCGGUGACAUUAUCGCUGGUGGGGACAUAUUUUGCCACUAAAACAAAUUUGAAAAGCCUAAGUUCAGUCACUCCCAGAGAUUUGACAAUGGGACGCAUCUUCUUGGACCACAUUGGCGGAACUCGCCUCUUCUCCUGUGCCAACUGCGACACCAUCCUGACCAACAGGUCUGAGCUUAUCUCAACACGCUUCACAGGAGCCACAGGCAGAGCUUUCCUCUUCAACAAGGUGGUGAACCUACAGUAUAGCGAGGUGCAGGACAGAGUGAUGCUAACCGGCAGGCACAUGGUGCGUGACGUCAGCUGCAAGAACUGCAACAGCAAGUUGGGUUGGAUCUAUGAGUUUGCUACUGAGGACAGUCAGCGGUACAAAGAGGGACGUGUCAUCCUGGAGAGGGCUCUGGUUAGGGAGAGUGAGGGCUUUGAGGAGCACGUCCCCUCAGACAACUCAUGAGCCCCUAACCUUGGAAUAACUUGUGUGAGAAAGCUCACUCCCAUGUCCUCCUAUCCCUCUCCUUUAUCCCCUUGCCUCUGCGCUGUGCACCACCACCUGCAGACUUAGUGGUCCCCCUCCCCCCGCCACUUCCCCUCCCUGUCUCUGGCCUAUGACCUUAGAUCUCUGAUGAUUAGAAGGUUGGUUUGCUGGCUCUUCUUUUGCUGAAAGGCUUCCCCAAAAUACUUCCUGAUUUAUGUAUCACAGGGCACCCCUUCAAAACAGCUGGGGACACAGAUAGGGAGUUGCAACUUCACUUGUUUAAGUCUUCAUGCACGGCCGCACAGGAUUUUCACCACCUCACAAGGCAUGCUCCACACCUUUUUCGUAUGGUAGAUGAGCACAUGCAUGAUAAUUGACAUGGUCAGUCACACAAAAGCAUCACCUAGUUGUUUUAUUUAGAUAACUGGAGGCAGUAGAGCUGAGUAUGUUCAUCAUCCAGACAGGGGCAAAGCAAUGUGAAAUGAACGGCUGGAGGUGUCACUCUUUCAGUGGGGCUUGUGCUUCUGUGUUGUGACGUUUGUCUCAAUGUAUCUUUAACUGGUGAAUACCGAAUGCAAUUAAGCCCAUGAUAGUUGUUAUUUCCAUACCAGUAACCUUUUAGUAGCCUGUAGUGUAAUGAAUGUAAUAGUGUUUGAAAUCUAUAUUCACGUCCAAAUGAUACCAUAAGGACCGCACAGAUUGAUGUCAUAUUUAAGUAUUCAUUGUAGUGUUUGACAAUGAGUAGGAGUUUUAUUUAGAUCUGGCUCACAUGAUGUGCAUGUAUUUUGAUUGAUUUGAUGGCAUUCUCGAAAUGUACACAAAGUGGCUGUAUGUGUCCCAUUUUUGCACUUCAUAGUGUGGACGUGAUCUCCUGAACAGCAGACAAUCGUGCAAUUGAUCCUUUAACUUAAUUCAGUUUACCACUCUCCAUCUGUUACCAUGGAUUCUGUACCUGUGUGGUGUGCUUUGGUGACUUAUGAGGACUAUGUACCUUCAAGCCAUGAGUCUUCAGUGUGACGGAGGAGGAAUGUGUCUGAGACGUGAUGGCGACAUUCUCUGACUGCCUGUCGGCUUAAAGACAGGAUUAUGAGAGGAUGGGUCUUGCAAGCAUUUGAAAGUUGCCAGAAUUUGGAGAAUGUGAGACAAGUUUGGAACAAUACCCAAUGGCAGACAUUCUCUUAACAGUUAAUAUAUUACAAUGUUGGAUAGCCACACUGAAAAAAAGGGUUAAAAUCAAGUCUAAGUUUGCCUGUACUCUAUUUAUUUAAUCAGUUGGAUGCCAUCUUCUACUGUUUAACUACUUUUGGGAUAGUGACCCAUCCUCUUCUUUUUUUUUUUUUAUUAUAAUCCUAUGCUUUGGGCACAUUUGGUCAUAAGAUGACUUGUUUCUUACUAACGCAAAGCCAUGCAAGCUUUAAUAGUUGAAUGGAAGGUUUCAGUCAAAAUGUCAAAUUGUAAAAAAAGAAGAACAAAAAAAGAACAAAAAAACACAUUUCAAUCUCUCUUGGAGUAGGUUGUAGCACAGCAGCUUGGCCCUGGUGUAACAUUGUGCCAGAAUUGUUUACCAUUUUAUUGAUAGGCCAUUGUUUUUAUUUGCUUUACUCUAUAUGAUUAUUGUUUUAUUGACUGAUACAUUUAUCUUACUGUAUAUUUUCUCGAUGGGAGGUUUGAAAAAAAAAAAUCUUGUAUGGUUGACUAUAGCAAGGUUUUUUCUGACGUGAUUUCUAAAUAAACAUGUAGUCUUCCUGGGUUACA